UACAAGGUCAUAACAAGUAGGUUAUGGGUCAUAGGUAAUCAGGUCAUUGACCGCCGGAACCUCCAGCAGUGUAAAUAAAUCCGUAUGGUUCACGUUGCACUGUUACGUGCCAGGCUCCCUUGUCCUACUUUUCUUUAGGCCUAAUCGCUAACAAUGUGCAUUUAUAAUGAGCAUGCCAUACUAGUGUUGCGCCGUAGCUCAUAACAGCAGAUGCAUAUGAACGGUGUCGUAAGAUCUUGGCUGCUCGUGUGUUUCACUUCUCAGUCGCGAAAUGUCAUUCCGUUUUCGGCCGUCCCACGAGAGAUGACGGGUUGUUAUUGAAAUCAGCGGGUUUUGGUAUUGAUUCUGAGCCGCAACAACCUGCCGCCCGCCCGCCGGUAGAUGACGUUAGACCGUCUGCAACUACAGGGGCUGGUGCAGUCAGAGCGUCAUUUUCUGCCGUUUUAAAUCAUAAUUUUGUGUAUGCGAACAGCCAUGGCGCUUGUCAAUUACAACCAAACAGCGUCAAACGUGACGACUUUAUUGCAACCAGAACAGAUGCAGACUAUCACCUACAUUGACAUGGUAACCACCAGUCUCAGUAUCGUCGGUGCUAGCUCCGUCAUAAUUUAUUCCUUCUGCAAGAGAAAGGUUUGCCAACCAGAGGUCCAUCCAUUGUUCCAUCUGGCCUGUGCAGACUUGCUGGCAUCACUGUUCUUGUUGUUAGGCGUCAUUAUUUUCAACCUCUCUUAUGUUACAAUGGAGUUAUAUGAGCAGCACUGUCACUACUUCUCAGCAUUUGCCUCUAGUUUCUUUGUGACGACAUUCCUGCUGACCAUCACCUACUCCCUGGAGGUGUUCCUGAGAAUGAGAGACCGAGCCAUCAGGUCAAGCACCAGACAACCGGGUACAGGCAACUUCCCUCUAAUCUACCUGCUGUACAUUAUCUCAUGGCUGGGCCCUCUCCUGGUGCAGUCCACCAUCCUCAUCACCACCAGCUCAGAACCACCGUUCUGGGAUGUCAUCCCCUCACCUAACUCAUCUCUGGUCACCUGUACAAGAUGUUUACCACUCUACCAUUUCAAGAAUGAUGAGUGCAUGCCGACACCGUCAGAGGGGAAGCAAUGGAUGAUAGACCUAGACGUUUCCUCCAAGCUAAUCUUCAUCCUGCUUCUCAUUCUUACGAUUGUAAUUACAACGAUUGUUUAUCUACUUGCUGUAGCUGCCUUCCAAUUGAGACACAGAAGAGCAGGAAUGCGAGGCAGGAGAGAGUAUGAGGAUGAGCGCAGUGUGAGGAGGAGAGCUGCUCUCUACCUGAUCGUCUUCUGCUUCUGCUGGUUACCAACUCUAGUGCUUGGCAUCCUGUCCCUGUGUGAUGGCUUUGUGAUGAAGAAAUACUAUGUUCUCUACAUUAUGCAGGCAUGCACUGCCCCCUUGCAGGGCUUCCUGAACUGCAUUGUCUACGGCUGGAGAAGAAGGGAGUUCAGAACAGUAAAACCUUUACCUGUGGCCGUGCUAGCUGAGCAGUCUGGCCUGCUGGACAGAAACAGGAACAACUAUCGAACAUUUGCCACAACUUCAGCAUAACAUAUGGUAAAGGGCAGUAGGGGUUCAGAUCUUUCUUUAACGCACAAUUAUAAUGGUUUGGAAUAGUAUACAAAAAUUUAUUAUUCCCUAGAUGUUACCUACUUUGUUCACAUUUCUGAAUGCUAAAAAGACUUUUUAUUAUGUUGGUGGGAUGACAUCACAGAAAUAUAUCUGUUACUGUCCCUCUGGUAGAUUGCUGUACAGUAAACAUGGUUUGUUGUCCUGUUCAAGAGGUGUUGCACAAAUAACUUUAUUGCUCAACACUUGCAUCAUAUUAUAGCUCUGGUGAUAGCAGUCCUGAAGCAGUUAAAUGGUUAAAAUGUGAAACAAAGAAACAAAAAGGUAUUUGUGGUGAAUAUGGGAUAAAUAUUUAAGUAGUUACAUAGAUGUUAGAACUUUAGAAGUAGGAACAGUGGUGGUUGUUACUACAUGUAUGGUCAAUCAUAGCAGCAUCUGCACAAGGUGUGGUGAAAUGCAUGACAUUAAAGACACCAAAUUUGUGUAUUACCAAAUGUGAAAUACUAAGUUUUUAAACUGUACAAGUUUAUAAUAUAUGUAUAUACUAAAUGUGAUAUAGAAACAUUUUAAAACUGUAGUACCGGUAAAAUGACCUAGAAAAAUUUAUGAGAUCUUAUGAUCAAAAUGAUGUGUAAUAACAAGACCUAAGGUGGGGUUGUGUUGUGCAAUACAGACAUGUGUGUUCAAAAGUUGUAAAAUUUUAGUUGUUCUUUAAAAUACAUCUUCUUAACAAAGCAGAACACUGUGCUUCUCAUCAUGGAGUGGAGAAAAAAAAUGUACUGAAAUUUAUGUCUUUAUAAAUAAAAAGAAUGUGUAAAAUCUACAUUGAGAUUUUAGAUGACAUGUAAGACCGAAGGAGAGGUAAAUGUGUAGUGCAAUACUGAAACUGUAGGUUAUGAUGUGUGAUUGUUAUGGUGUUUGAAAGUUGUGUGUACUUUGAUGUUGAACAAAAAGCAGAACAUUGUGCCUCUCACCAUGGGGGUGGAGGAAAAUGUU